AUGGAACAACCAGAGAUUGCGGAGUCGCCGCGGAAGCGGCAAAAGACUAGUACCGUCGAUGCGACCGAUGGUGCUGCAGAUAUGCCGCCCCAGAGCAACGCCGUCGGUCAAGAUGCCCAGUCGAUGAAGGAACUCGAUGUCGGAAUCACGGAGCUCGUGACAGCUGACAAUGAGGGCUUCACGGGUACUUUGAAGAAAAGAUAUACCGACUUCUUGGUCAAUGAGAUCCUGCCCUCCGGCGAAGUCCUUCACCUUAGAAACACAACAGCGCCCGGUUCUUCGAAUGAGCCCGCAUCUCAGCAAGUUGAAGUCAAAGAAGAGGUCCCUGUCCAAGAGGAGCAAGUCGAGAAGCCUGCACCGGCCGAAUUCGAAGUGUCGGAAGAGGACAAUACCUUGCUGGUGGAAUACUUUGGGGCCGAAAAGGCCUCCGCUAUCGUGGCGCUUCACAAGAAGGCUAUGUCGUCGCCCAAGUUUAGGCCAAGCGAGCUCCCCAAGAUUACGGUGGCUGUCUCCGACCGGGACUUGCGCACCAAGAUCCACCAGGCAGUUCGUCGCAUCUUCAAUUCACAGCUGGAGUCGACCACUGAUGGCGAAGGUUUCCUUGCCGUAUCUGCAGCUCCCAAUCGCUUUAAGCGCAGUGCUCAAGGCCACCGUGGGGGUGGCCGUCAAGGCGGCAACAGGACAAACUGGGACGAACUGGGUGGUCCGUACUUGCAUUUCACGAUCUACAAGGAGAAUAAGGAUACUAUGGAGGUUCUGUCAUUCAUGGCCCGCCAGCUGAAGAUGAACCCCAAGAGCUUCCAGUUUGCCGGUACCAAGGAUAGGCGAGGCGCGACCGCCCAGCGUGCAUGUGUCCUUCGCGUCCAGGCCGAGCGACUGGCGAAUCUCAACAAAACUCUGCGAAACGCCACCCUCGGCGACUUCGAGUACCGCAAGGAGGGCCUCGACCUGGGUGAUCUUCAAGGAAACGAGUUUGUCAUCACCCUUCGUGACUGCGAAAUCCCCGGCGUAGACAAGGAGAAUCCUCAGGCGGCCGUUGCCAAGGCCACCGAGCUUGUGGGAACCUCUUUGAAGAACCUUCACCGACGAGGAUACUUCAAUUACUAUGGUCUCCAGCGCUUCGGAACAUUUUCGACCCGCACAGAUACCAUCGGUGUCAAGAUCCUACAGGACGACUUCAAGGGAGCCGUGGAGGCCAUCUUGCACUACCCCCCGCACGUUCUCGCCGCGGCCCUGGAGGGCGAGGCUUCCACGGCCUUGAUCAGCUCCGAUGAUAAGAACCGUGCCGAAGCUAUCCAUAUCUUCCAGGCUACGGGGAGUGUCAACGACGCGCUGAACAAGCUUCCACGGAAGUUUUCCGCCGAGUCUAACCUCAUCCGCCACCUGGGACGUGUCAAGAAUGACUACCUGGGAGCACUGCAAACGAUUCCGCGCAACCUGCGGCUAAUGUAUGUGCAUGCCUACCAAUCCCUUGUUUGGAACUUCGCCGCUGGAGAGCGCUGGCGCCUUUACGGCGACAAGGUGGUUGAAGGUGACUUGGUCAUUGUCCAAGAGCAUCGUGACAAAGAAAAAUCCGAGGCAGCUGAGCCUGCCAGUACCGUGGAUGCCGACGGAGAGAUCAUCGUCGUUCCUCAGGGCGAGGAUAGCGCAUACGCUGCUGAAGACGCUGUUACGCGUGCUCGUGCUUUGACUGCCGAGGAGGCUGCCAGCGGGAAAUACAGCAUCUUCGACGUGGUUCUGCCCCAGCCUGGCUUCGAUAUCAUCUACCCCGCUAACGAGAUGACUGCCUUCUAUCGUCGCUUCAUGGGUAGUGAACAGGGCGGCGGUCUGGAUCCGUUCAACAUGCGCCGCAAGUGGAAGGACGCCAGCCUCACUGGAAGCUACCGCAAGGUUUUCAGCCGUAUGGGUCCUGACUUCUCCUUUGACGUGAAGCUCUACUCUGAGGAUAUUGAGCAGUUCGUGCAGACGGAUCUUGACAAACUGCAGCAGAAUAGCGAUGCUACGGAUGCUGCUGCUAGUGCUCCGGCCGGCUCACAAGUAGGUGACAAGCUGGCUAUUAUUCUCAAAUUCCAAUUGGGAUCUAGCCAGUAUGCCACCAUGGCCCUUCGUGAGCUGACCAAGGGCAAGGUCAGGGAAUGGAAACCUGAUAUGACUGGGGGCAGGUAA